UCAUAUCAAUUUAAAUUUUAACUCGUUUGAGUAAACUCAUCACUCAUCAGUGUGUCUUGUCAUUCGAUGUGUAUCUGUUGUUUAAUUCGGAGUUUAUUUGCUGAAAGAGAUGUCUGAUAAUCAAACAAGAGUGAUUGUUGGUACAGCAGUGGCUGUAGGCACUUUAACGGUAGCUGGUUUAGCUUACUUGUACAACUCAAAAAAAGCUGAAGAAUCAAUUCCAACCAAAUGGAAGAAAGUCGGUAAAAUUAUUGAUUUAAAUUGUUUCCCCGUAAAAUCAUGUGCGCCAAUCAAAUGUGAUUCGUUCGAUUGUCAUUUGCUUGGGAUCGAAUACGAAAGUCUAUUCGAUCGCUGUUUCGUUAUUUCACAAGGGAAAAAGCAAACUACCGCCCGAGCAUACCCGAAGAUGGUCUUGAUUCAGCCAACAGUUGUUGACAAUGAACUCCACCUGUCUGCGCCCGACAUGCCAGACUUUGUGUUGAACUUGGAUGAGCUUCGUACUGGGUCGAUUAAUGGCAAAGUUGAGUGCUGGUAUUCAAAAGUAAAAGGCAUAGAUGCCGGAGAUGACAUAGCAAAUUGGUUGUCUGAAUUUAUCGUUGGUAAGCCCGGUAAAUUGCGAUUGCUUUACUAUCCGUAUGCAUACCCGACGAAAGGUGUUUCAAAGAACGAUCGAGAAUGGAAGGCAUAUCGAGGCGACGACGCUGGAACCUAUCAUGAUAAAACCAGUUAUAUGUUGAUCAAUCAAGCGUCGAUUGAUGAAUUAAAUGCACAUCUCGAUCAUGUUGUUAAGCCACUGCAAUUCCGACCAAAUUUAGUUAUCAAAGGACCUGGCGCCUACGAUGAAGACAACUGGAAGUGGAUUAAAGUUGGCGAAAGUGUGGUUUAUCGUGUGUUGAAACCAUGCACAAGGUGUAUCUUUACCAACAUUAACCCAGAGACAGGAGUGCGACAUCCGAAACGUGAACCACUCGAAACGUUGGUUAAAAAUCGCAGUAUAAUACCAAAUCAAACACCAGUUAUGGGAACACAAAUAGGCAUUCGUGUCACCGGCAGAAUUUCAGUUGGCGACGAUGUUUAUAUCAAUGACGAGAGCGAAGCAUGAAAUAUAUUUUCUAGAAUUUUAAUUUAGGAAAGAAAUUUAUUUGAAGUGAUCAAUAAACCAAUUUUUGCAUUAUUUGCAAUUAACAAAAGAAUAAGAA